GGAUUACCAGGUCAAGCAGGUUUUCCUGGAGCGAAAGGCCUUUCAGGUCAAGUUGGUCUUCCAGGACGUCCAGGCAGUCCAGGUUCGUUAGGUGCUCGUGGUCCAGUUGGUGAUAGUGGUUAUCCUGGAUCAGCUGGUUUACAUGGUUCACCGGGUGCACCAGGUGGUCCAGGACAUACAGGUUAUCCAGGUGAUAUGGGUGAAGGUUCAUUUAUAUUUGCACGACAUAGCCAAGAUACUACAACUCCACAAUGUCCACAUGGAACAACUCGAUUACAAGAUGGUGGUUAUUCAUUUAUGGGUAUUCAAGGUGAUACAUAUGCAGCUCAUCAAGAUCUUGGUUCAUCGGGUAGUUGUUUACGUCGUUUUAGUGCAAUGCCAUUCUUAUUUUGUGAUAUUGGUAAUUCAUGUCAUUAUGCAUCACGUAAUGAUUAUUCAUAUUGGUUAUCAACAAAUGAACCAAUGUCAGCAAGUAUGUCACCAUUUGAAACACGUGAUAUACCAAGUCAUUUAAGUCGUUGUGCUGUUUGUGAAUCAUCAACACCUGUAUUUGCAAUUCAUAGUCAAUCACAACGUGUACCAGCGUGUCCCGAUGGAUAUGAUCUUUUAUGGACUGGUUAUAGUUUUGUAUUUACAUCAGCUGAUGGUGGUCGUGGUGAUCAACAAAGUUUACAAUCACCUGGUUCAUGUCUUGAAAAAUAUCAUGAUCGACCAUAUUUUCAUUGCAAAGAUCAUUCACAUUGCAAUUAUUAUCCAAAUAUGAUGACAUUUUAUUUAGCUACAUUAGAUGAUUAUACUGGUUUUGAAAAACCAAAAUUACGUACAUUAAAAGCUGGUACACAACGACAAUAUAUUAGUCGAUGUGCUGUAUGUCACGCAAAUUUAUUUAAACAAACAGCUCGUGGGCCAUCAGCAUUUUUUGCCCAAGUAAAGAAACUUUAA